GCGCCCUUCUGGUAUAUCCGGAGCUAGCAAGCUGUGUUUAUUUUCUUUUUUUUUGUAUCAUGCAAUAAUAAGUUAUUAUGUUAAACGAAAGGUUGGAAAGUGCAUGUUUUGGGUGGUUGAUAAAAUGUUUUAAAAAUGAAAUAAAUGUAGAUAAGUCGAGUAGAAAAGAAGUUAUUAUGAGCUACUUCCGGGUUUAUUAGCUCAGUCAGCAGUGAGGGAUAAACAGACGAGGAUUGAAAUCAGAAUCAGAAAUCAGAAUUCUGAGAAAUGGACACAUUUGUGGUCCGUGUUCCAAAAGAUGUUUCGACAAGACAAGGACGAAAACAUGAAGAGAAAGUUUACAAACAAGCAACACUGGAAUCCUUAAAGGCAGCAGGUAAACAUUUUGUCCUCAAAGUUGAUGAAAAAUGGACGAGCGUAAGGCUUUGAUCGAGUUUGACAAAUUGAGACGUCUAGACGUCUGGGUCAGAGCGUCUCCAAAACUACAGCUCUUGGUAGAUGUUCCUGGUCUGCAGUGGUCAGAAUCUAUCAAAAGUGCUGAGAGUGGUGGUGAUUGAGGACAUCGAAAGGUUUAAGUCCAUCCUCGAGUUGCCCAGACAGACCAAAGAGAACAUCUUAAACGCUCUGACAGAGCUGGACAAAAAAGUCCCGUCCAGAGAAGUGCUCAAGUCCACCAGGAUCGGUCACACGGUGAACAUGCUGCGUAAGAAACAUCCGGACACUGAGGUAAAGGCUUUGGCUCGUCAGGUUUACACACACUGGAGGACCUUCAUCGAGGAGAACUCUAAUAAACCGUCUAUCGAGGUUCGCUGUGAUAAACAGACCGAGGAACUGAGGAGCAACGCCAGAAAACUCCUCGCUGACAGCAUGGGGUUAGAGGCUGAUGCUGCCCUGGUGGACAACGUGGAGAGGGAGGUGUUCCAUCAGUGCUCUCGGCUGAUCAGCGGAGCGUACAGGAGGAGCGUGAGGGCGCUGGUUUUCGCUCUCAAACACAAACACGACCUCAGAGGUCAGGUGAAGGACGGCACGACCUCCGUUAACGACCUCGUCAGAAACCACAAGAAGAAAUCAUGACAUUGAGAUGAAGGACCACACACACACACACACACACACACACACACACACACACACACACACACACGUCAGAGCAGUGGUGCUGCAUUAGACUGUACUUUAUUACAGUUUUUUUUAAGAAUAAUUUGAUUAUUAGUAAAAUGUUGAACGUUUGUAAAUGAACUGCUUUUACAGCUUUUUAAAAUAAAGAAAUCUGAAAGUG